GGUCUCGCUCUGUUCCUCUGCUUUGGCCAGCGAAAUCUCGGAGGACAUACAAAACAAAACCUAAACUCUAGGGAGAGAAAGAAAAAUACCCCCCAACAGCAACAACACCAAACACACCCUUCCUCUCUCUCUCUCUCUCUAUAUAUAUAUAUAUAUAUAUACAUCUAUAUAUAUCUAUAUAUGUAUAUAUGUAUGUAUGUGUAUAUAAAACCCACCCCGUCUCUAUCUUCAUCAUUAUCUUUGGGUUUAUUUGAAAUUGAAAAAAAGAGGGCGAAGAGCACUGAUUCUGGCAUCGUACCCGGAUCCGACAUAGUCGGACCCACCUGCUAAUAUAAUUCUUACCUCUCUCUCUCUCUCUCUCUCUGUGUAUUGGAUUUGACGAAGGUGGUUGUUGGUGCAGAGAGAGGGAGUCUUUGGAUAUCUCUUCUCAGUUCCACUAUGAGAUCUGUCUUCCACCAGUGAGUAGUUUGAUAAGAAAAGAACAAUGGGUGGCUGCUAUUCAACACCAUUUCAAACAACUAAACCGAGAAGAAGACGUCGUCACCGUUUCAGGAAAAUCCGUGGAAGGAGGAGGGUACCAACUUCAGCCCCUGAUGCUUCCAUGAAAAGGAUUAGUGAUGCAGGAAGUCGUGUUGCAGAUUAUUCUGUCAGUAAGAUUGUUCACAUGGAAUUCGAGAAUGGUGAAACAACUACGUGCAGAAGAUCUGAGGUUUCUAAUGGGACAUUCCAUGUAACGCAGUUGGAGUGGCAUCACAGUCAAUCUGAUGCAAAUGUGAUUUGCCAAGAGGAAGCUUGGUUUGACUCAGUCAGUAUUUUGGAGUCUGACUCGGAUGAUGACUUCAGCAGUGUACUUGGAGAUGGUUUUCCCUUAGUAGGAAAUGCAAUUGGGAAUAUCUCAAAUGGCCAAUUGCUUCAGUAUGAAAGAUCAGCAUGUUUUGUGGAUAACAGGUGUAAGUAUGAAGAGUACCAAAGCUAUUUAAAAAUAGAUGGAGGGAAGGGUGAUGAAGUUUGCAGCAAGAGGAAGAAGAUACUAGAUCAUUCUUAUGGAAGCUUUAAAGGUGUCAAAGACGCUAGACGUGAUUCCGAUGAGAAAACUCGAGAGAAUAGCUUAAAAUCAGGCUUACCUCGAAUGUUGUCUUCUGUUAGUUUCAAUGACAAGAUUCUAAAUGCAUCGAAUUUGGUUUCAAAUGCUCAUCAGAAAAGGCCAUCAACAGUUUUUAGACUUUCUUUCAAGAGGAGAUCCUGUGACAGAGAGGAAGCGGUCGAGCAUUGCCAAUCAAAAAGGUACCUGAUUCGUCCUAGAGCAGGACAUAUAAUUCCAUGUUGUACAUUAGAUAAGCCAACUCCAGGAUGUUGGUCUGAGAUUCCACCUUCAACUUUUAAACUCCGUGGAGAGAACUAUUUCAAGGACAAGAAGAAGUCACCAGCUGCAAAUUACAGUCCAUAUACUCCAAUUGGUAUUGAUUUAUUUAACUGCCCCAGAAAGAUUAAUCAUAUUGCUCAACAUGUUGAGCUUCCUAAUGUGAAAGCAGAUGGAAAAGUGCCCCCACUUCUCAUUGUGAAUAUCCAGUUGCCUACUUAUCCUGCUGCAAUGUUUCUUGGUGAUAGUGAUGGAGAAGGGAUGAGUCUCGUACUGUAUUUCAAAGUUUCUGAGAGUUUCGAAAAGGACAUCUCUUCCCAAUUCCAAGACACCAUCCAGAAAUUCGUCGAGGAUGAAAUGGAAAAGGUGAAAGGAUUUGCUAAAGACGGCACUGUUCCUUUCAGAGAAAGGCUAAAGAUCAUGGCUGGGGUGGUUAAUCCUGAGGAUCUCCAUUUGAGUUCUGCUGAGAAGAAGCUGGUAAAUGCUUACAAUGAAAAACCAGUCCUUUCACGUCCUCAGCACAACUUUUACAGGGGUCCAAAUUACUUUGAGAUUGAUCUAGACAUCCAUCGAUUCAGCUACAUCUCAAGGAAAGGACUUGAAUCCUUCAGAGAGCGUUUGAAAAAUGGAAUACUGGAUCUGGGAUUGACUAUUCAGGCACAGAAACCAGAAGAGUUACCAGAGAAGGUACUGUGCUGUGUGAGAUUGAACAAGAUUGAUUUUGUAGAUGAAGGCCAAAUACCAACGCUAGUGACACUUGAUGAUGAUUGAAAAGAUUGAAACAGACAGCAGACAAUGAGAUGAGAUAGAGAUUAAAGCCUGCAGCUGGGCUUUUUGGAUAUUAGAUUCCAUCAUCCAUUUCUGUAAAUUAAUCAUUUCUAAACCAUAAUUUAUUAAAACCUCUCAUCUACAUAUUCAUAUAUUUAUUUAAAGGGAAACAAAAAAAAUUGACAUAAAGUCUUCAGUGUUCCUUUUUAUAUGUCUGCAUAAUCUUUGCUAACUUCAGUCAUGCUUGUAUUACUACUAUAAAAUAAUAUUUAUUAUGAAGCCUAA